CUGUUAAAGUCUGAGGUGCAGUCUUGUGUGUUUUCCUUUUGGGGAUCUCUUAUUGGUUCACCUUUCUUCUACCUGAUUGCGCGCACCCGGUGUGGGCACGUCCGAGCGCUCGCGGUAACCCGCUCUGCAGGUUCGCCCGGAGAGUCAGUGCCUGAGUGCUCCUGCAGCGAGCAGCUGUGCUCCUGCUCACACGGCGGACACCAUGAGUAAGUCCAGCACGCUCAAAGUCCGGAAACUAUUCAGCCUCAAAUCACCGGAGAAGGAGAAGAAGGAGCUGAAGAGGUCGGGGUCCCUCAAAGAUGCCGUGGGUACAGGGACCAAUCCCGCGGACAUCCCGGGGGGGCUACCCUGGAGCCCCGGCUCUCUCAGCCCGGGAGACAACCCCACUCUACCCGGGGACUCCUCACUCUAUUCUCCGAAAGAAAAGAAGAAACGGCGGCUGCUGCCGUUCAAGCUGAAACGGAAGAAAUCCAAAGACAAAGACCGAGGAGGAGGAGGAGGAGGGGGAGAGGUGUUCUUCCCUGACACUGAUGAGCUGGAGAGUUUCAGCAGCCACAAGAGCCUCGACCACGACCAGAUGAGCGUUUCCACAGAGUGCAGCUACCAGACCGAGUCCGACUGGACGUCCGUGAUCAGCUUCGACAUGAACGCGGCGCCGGGAAGCCCGAUGUCACCCUCCAAACACUCCAAGAGUUCGGAGGAGAAGAAGUCAGUGUUCGGCCGUCUCACCAACUUCUUCAGCUCCAAGAGGAAGAAGAGCAGCAGCCGGAAUCAUUCGAGCACCUCCACCGACAGCUGCCCGGCGUCCCCCUUGUCUCCACAUUCACCCCAAUCUGAGCCAGAAAUGGGUUAA